GUGACAUCCGGCAAAUGCGUGUUGAAGACCGUACCGAGCACCGCCAUUGAAAAGAUCGUUUGGGGAGCGCCCUUUUCCGCUGCAUAACCCUUUAAGCUAUCAUCACAGGACGCGCGUUCCCUUCUCGUCUGUAUGGGGAUUACGGGGAAGCGUCAUCUCCCUCACAGCGCCAGAUACGAUACCUUUUUGUGCAUCGAAAAUGCCGUGUGAAGGAAGUAGACGCCCUGUCUUGAAGUCGCCGGCGGUUCCUUCCACACUUGUUGGCUACUCCUGCUGGACGGGCCUGACCGUACCAAUGUAGCGUGGCUCUCCGCCGUCUCCUCGCCACUCCAGCCUCGCUUUCAUGCUUGCUGCGACCUUUAAGCAGCUUCACUACGUUGAGUCUCGCGCAUCAGCUUACUUAUACGCGCCCAUUAGAAUUGCCGCCACUUCUCCGCCAUUCGAUGCUAUCUCGAGCAUCCAGUGACGCCGGCGCCCGUCUGCGUCGUUCCAAGUCGGCCUCCACAGUACCUCAUAGGCCACACUGGCAAGGACCGCAAGGGCCUGAUGUCGCUCGACAACAUGCUUUGGCCGCCGCGACGACUGCUUUUGUUAGAGCCCGUGUGGCAGAUGCGGCCGAAGGGGAAUAUUUUCGCCGCGUGGAGCUGUCCGGAACGAAGAGAACGGGUAACAGAGAUUCACGGAGAAGUCGGUUCCCCGAACGAGAGUCCAGUUUCCGUUCCUUGAAACACCGGAGACCCCAACAGCUGCCUCAUCGUCAGUCACAGUCUUCGCUCGCGGCCAGAAACGUCCCAACAUGCUCUCCACAAGGGCGACCCUCAACAGCCACAAACGAGAACCUGCCGCCCAUUGCCCACUCUAGGCAAGCACGGCAGACUGCCUCUACCCCAUCGACGUAUGGGGAGAUCUGUAAGGCUCGGUCUAUGUACUACGCAAGCAACAUCCAGACCGGAUCCCCUAUAUCCCGUACACCCGCGAAGUUCGUGACGACACCUUCGGUCAACUCACCCGUUCCCGGUGGCUCAGCAAAGCCCGUCCAAAGGGCGGAAUUUGCAAACUUGUCCGUCAAGAGUGUUAGUGGAACCGUCCAGCACCUGAGCGAAUCAACUGCCACCGAACCUCCGUCCCUUCGACCAUACAGGACAGCCUUCCCAAAUGACUCGGUUGAUAAGGCUCGGGACAAGUACCUACAAGAGUUUCAGCAACAACGUCAAGUGAGGCAGCGGCCGUCACUCUUCCUAGCCCCGUUUAGAAAGAGAGAUGAGAAAGCCAAAAUGACUGUCUGUGAGGAAGAAUCCACCGUAGUCGAUGUUGCUGCCCAGCUGGACAUGCAGCCGGAUCCAAAAACUCUCAAGGGAAAAAGAUCUAUUUCGGGCUCAUUGAAGAACAAGUUGAGGAAGGUCUUCCGCCGAUCCUCCCACAGGUCCAGCACAAUUCCGAUUCAGCAGGUGUCUGCGGGCAGAGACUAUUUUGACAGUCACAGUGUAGCUACGCCCCUAGCUGAUGGUAACAGCGCAAGCCCAAACGUCCCUCAACCGGAAGAGGAUAUACUUCACCGCGUGAGAUCCCGUUCAUCAUCACUUGAAAGCGGUCGGCCGGCGCUGGCGAGGCCCAGUUCAAGGGGCAGCAAUCGUAGCCUUCGUAGCGAUGCUGGGAUGACUCACGCCACCUCUCGCAUUACUAGUUGGGGUAACUCUUCGAUCGCAGAGACUAUCACUCAACGCACGGCGAAGCGCCUGACAGUCAUUCAUGAAGCGAAGGAUAGCGUCGGUAGCCAAACAGGAGUCAACUCUGCGCAAGGAAUUCCCAGGCGAGAACCGCAGCCACCGCCUGCAUUGGCUGCCUUUCGAGAUCCCAUGCCAAUGCUGAGCAUGAUGGCGGAUGGUGACAUGGCAGUGGACCCGAAACGCGUGUUUUCAGCUUUGAUGAAGGAAAUCGACUCGACGAAAACUGUUCAGACCGACCAUUGCACCGUGCAAGAAACACCUGAUCAAAUAAACCGAAAGUCGUUUGUUGGUGCAUCCCAGGUCCCGCUGUUGGGUUCUAGAGAAGAGGCUCGAACCAACAGAAGUGGCAGGAUUGGAUCUAGUGCAAGUAUCCGUCUCCAAAGGCUCGAUUCUUCGCAGCGGCAAAACAUGAUAUCCAUGCAGGGUAAACGUGGUUCACUGGGGUCGACUUCCUUCAAGUCACUCGGUCGUGCACUGGUAGCUAGCAUUCGUCCUGUGACCCCUUCAGAGCCACUCACUCCUUCCUCUCCGGCUUCAGACUGUGCUCAGAGUGUUCCUGGCAGUCUGCGGAUACCGAGAUCCAAUUCUGGUGGCUCAAUAGCCGAGAGUCUGAAAUCUGCAGAGGGUGGCCUUCAUGAUUCCAGUCAUCGCUCGAUUGGUUUCAGAAUACGUCCACGCCGCGACAGGGUGAUAAGUCCACCCAAAGGGGAGAUGGUUAUCCCAUCCCCUGAGCAGAUUGAAGCCCGAGUGCAAAAGUCGCAAGGACGGUGGAACGCUCCGCUCGAGGGUCAUGGGUUGAUCCAUUCCCCCAUCGCAGAGGCUGCUGUGACUGCGACCGUUGACAAAGCCGUAACCAAUCAAUCUUCAGAGGUCUUGGGACAAGUACGUUAUUCUGCACAGCAUACACCGAAAGCCAGCGGCAUCUUCUCGCCGAGCGUCUACUCUCGCAACACUGAUGGCAUGAGCAUUCUUCCCAAUAACAGCGUAAUGUCAUUAGAUACUGCCAAAGAAGAAGGGCUCAAGGACAGUCCCACGGGUUCUGCGAUGAUCAUCACGAGUCACUCGGUCAAAAGCUUCGUCGUAGGCACUCCAAAAGCCCGUAGGGGUAGUGCUACAUUACACAACAGUCGAGACUGGAAAGCGUGGCUAUCGCACGAGAUAUCAGAGCUCACCAGUCUGCCGAAAGAGGAAAUCGCCAUCCAUGACCGUUACCAAGCCACGGAAGAGAGUCCUCCGAAACACCGACGGGAGUCUCCAGAAAUCAAUGAAGAGGAGAAAAACGUUGUUGCACAAAGCACAGAUGACGGUUCCCCAUCCGCGCAAAGAGCACAUUCGGACGGUUUGGAGACACCGACAUUACAGCGAAUCUCGGUGGACUCUAUUACACGCAAAGAACGAGAGAGUUCACCGUUUGCGUCGGAGUUCUCCACGAACUCACCUCUCUCCCGACUUUCUUCGCCCCAACGGACCGGUUCUUCGUCUCAGCAUGAAUGUCUCCACGACAUCGCCAGCCGAUUGCCGUCGUAUGAUGACAGUCCCACGCACCAGCCGCAUAGCCGACCGAAUACCAGUGGAAUAGUGGAGGGAAACAAGGAGAAUAUCAGAAGCAUUAUAUCUGCCCCUAUGAAAGUAUCAAGCCUGUCAGCCUCUCCAGUUCCGCGGUCUUUGGAUUGCAUGCGGCACUUCCAGCCUUCAAGUUCGCCGGGAAAUACACGCGCCUCUUCGACUCUGUCCCAAUACGCUGCUUCCGCAGGAGACGUGAGCUGCGGAAAGGGCAGAAGCUCAGCAAUACCUCAGCCUCGAAUACGCGUCCGCCUGCGGCCUGUAUCCCCAGAAAAGCUUACCGUCCGCCCAAGGAGUGCACUGGACCUACGCACAGGGAAACCACCCUCGCUUGCAAGAUACCCAUUGUCGACGCAGAGUAGUCCGCAAAAGAACGCGCGCCCUCAGGGUACAUACUCCGCGCUAAGUCGACCCAUGGUUACCCGCGCCCCCCAAGACCCAUCGGCUCCCGAUUCUGUAUCAUUCUGGGCUUCUUCUGGGUCUCUGAUUGCUCGACCGUCGCCAAACUCGUCCAGUGCGAAACCGAAGAGAUCAUAUUUGGGUCCUGGAUUGUCCGCGAGCUCCCUUGUGCUCAACAAAGAGCCAGCUCCUGCGAAGGAAUGCCGCGGUAUCGACUCUGUCCUCGGUGAAGGUGCUGGGGACCGCCCGGAGACACGCAGUGGUUGUACGACACCUGGUCAGCGCAUGGCGGAUCGGUUCAUCAAAGAGCGAAGUGCGAGGAGCGCGGCUGGGAGUCCUGCGCACGAGACUCCUAUUAACAGGAGUGUGACUGGUAGUCCUGUUUUCGUUUGACCGGCCGGUAAGGCGUAAGGAGAUUGUAUUCAAAAUGCGUACUUAUUAAGGGCUGGUAUAAGGGAGGGUUUUGUUGUGGAAUUGGGUUUGGUCUUAUGAGGUGGAUAGCUGAGUGGUAUGGUUAAUGGCGAAGGGCUCAUGCUAGUUUAGCUGUUUGGAUGUUGGCUGGGUCGAACGGAGGGGUUGUUCAAGCUUCGUGUAUCUUAGGGUAGUAGGUUAUGCACGUUGCAUCUCUUAGCAUUCGUUCUGGUUGGUUGAAUAACUUGUUGGACGCUUCGAAGGUUGUUCUGGGAUAGUCAAGUCAUUCCCGGGAUACGUCUGUGCAAGUACCUAUCUGCACCUGCUUCUAAAGGAUCAUAAAGCUUAGAAUAAGCUGAUUGAU